AUGGACGGUUCAUUGCAACGGCUGGCAAGACCGGGGCUAUUGCCUGGUCCGCAAUCCUCUUCCUCGACCUUCUCGCGGGAUCCGUCGCCUUAUUCGAACGUUGCGUACCGUUCGCAAGCGACACUCUUGAAUAACAGAGCCGAGUCGCCAGCCGACCUAGGAAUUAGAUUUCUCUCUGGAAAUGAGGAGAUGGCCGCAGACCGACCCAAUGUGCCGGCGCAACCUGCAGUCACCUUGACUGCCGUCACAGACGUCAGUGGGAAAAAUUUGGCGAAGCUGGAAUUUUGGCCCCCGAUCCUGAAGUGGUAUUCGACAGUCUUCUUGACGGUCCUGUAUCUCGGCACGGCCGGUGGAAUCGUGGCUCUGUGGUUCGCCGCCGGAACCAAUGGUGAAUACCACUUGUCGAGCGAAAAUGUUCGCAUGAUAUCCCGUUACUUCCCUUCGGCGUUGGGCACCCUCAAUGUGAUCCUGUUCCGGCACCUUGUUCGCGAAUACAUCAGGAUGAAGCCGUUCGUGGCCAUGGCAGACCAAGGCGGGAUUGAGAGCUCGGGCAAGGAACCCAGCAAAAGCGUCAGUGGCGCCUUCUUUCCGUGGCAGGACAUCUCGAUAACUCGGGGUCUGACUUCGGUCAUCUCCCUGCUCUGUCAACUCAUGGUGGGGUUCAUUGUCAGCUUGAAGGUGGCGUUGUUCGCCAGCGGUCCUGCUACCGUCGAAAACGAUGGCAAACAAGUAACAGCAGCCUGGACUCUGAUGCUCCGAGCGUGGCCGGCCUUCUUCCUCAUCAUCGGACACGUUGUAAUGACAGCGUACGUGCUUUGGGUUGCACACCUCAACCGAGGAAAGUCUACUGGCCUCAGAUGGGAUCCGGUGACCAUUGCCGACUACUGCGCCCUGUUCGCCCACUGUGAUGUUACAGAGUACUUCUCUGCCCUUGAGUUGCUCCACAACCGCAAAGCGAAGCAAGUCUUAUCAGCCAACCAUCGGUUUCGACUGGGAUACUGGACAAAGACCAUUACUGGCUCGCCAGGUGCAGAUUCUUUGGUGUAUGGCAUUGGCCCGACUUGGAAUGCAGCAGAACGUCCAUCAACGAAAUUCGAACCUGGCUGGAGCGGCGACGACGAGCAGCGUUCCCCUUGUAACCAGGGAACAUGGCCGGAGUGCGAACACUAUCCUUACCGCCAUAGCCCUGGCUGCGGAAAGGGCUGGGUCGUCUUGUCGGUAGUCCUGGUCUGGGCGGGACUUGGAGUUGCCAUCUACGGGCUGAUCAAUGGCAUAGUCUUCCAUGGAUUCCGUCUGGAGAAGGACUGGAGCAUACCGUCAUCCAUGUCGGUUUCUGCUGGCAACCACACAUUCCACCUGCCGCCUAUCGACCCGACAGAUCCCGAAUCAAAGCUCAUUGUGUACGCCUUGUUGUUCCGAUCAGCGCCAGUCUAUGUGACUGGCGUGUUCACGGCGACGAUCAUUGAGUGGGUUGAUCUCAACAUGCGAUUCAUGCAACCGUUCAUCAACAUGUUUGGAAAAGCCGGCGACGCUGCGGAUACUGUUCUACUGGCGUACAUCACCACAUCGCCAUUGCAGGUUCCCAUCACGGCGAUUGUCAAGGGCCAUUACAAAGUCGCGACAUUCUCCAUCUUGAAUACUCUGUCCCCGCUGUUCCCGAUCUUCAUCGGUGGCCUUCUCCAACUCGAGGACGACGACGAGAAAGUCAGGUUCAUGUUUUCACUGUCGGCCUACAUCGGCAUCAUGGUCUUUCUCAUUGCUUGGAGCGUGGCAAUGCCAUUCGCCUAUCCCAUUCAGAAGCGGCUUCUCCCUCGCCAAUUCUACAGCAUGGCAGACCUCAUGGCCAUGUGUCACAGAUCGUACUUCAUCCAAAGGCCCUAUCUUGACUUUGCUGACAACCGGCGCACCCCGUCCAAGGAGAUCAUGGAGGCGCGCAUCCUCAUGUAUGGGGACCGAUUCUUGUUUGGGCAUUACACCGACGAUGAGGACAGAAGGCACAUCGGGUUCGACAUCCACAGCACCGUGGACUAUAGCACCGGCGACGUGGAAGAGACCGGACUGGUGGUCGACAUCUCGCCUCGGGGCGAAAUAGACACGCUCACAAGGAAGACGGUCAAGACCAUGACGAACCUCUUUCGCAAUGCGGGCAAGGUCCAGAACAGCAGCAAAGGGUUUGUGGCGUGGCUGCGGCGGAUCCUGCGGCGACCACGAAGAGAGACAGUACAAACGGAAAUGAAUACCUUUACUCCCAGGGGAUCGGCGACUGGAUCACACCUCGAGAGGCAACAGGAGCCGCGCCAACGAUCUGCUGUGGCAUUUGCUGAACUAGCUUCACCAGAUUAG